AUGCUUGUCGACGGUAGAAUCGUAGCAGUGAAAAAGUCUAAGGUCGUGGACAAAGACAAGCUGGAAGAGUUCAUCAAUGAAGUUGGUGUUCUCUCGCAGAUUAACCAUAGAAACAUCGUGAAACUCUUGGGUUGUUGUCUCGAGACAGAAGUUCCUAUCUUGGUCUAUGAGCAUAUACCACACGGUGACCUAUUCAAGCGGCUUCACGAUGAUUCUGAUGAUUACACAAUGACUUGGGAUCUUAUAACCGGAGAAAAACCGGUCUCUGUUAUGCGGCCUGAAGAACACAGAGGGCUUGCAUCUCAUUUCAUUGAGGCCAUGAAAGAGAACAGAGUUGUUGAUAUUGUUGAUUCUCGGAUCAAAGAAGACUGCAAGCUGGAACAAGUGUUGGCUGUGGCGAAACUUGCCAGAAGGUGUUUAAGCCUAAAAGGGAAGAAGCGGCCAAACAUGAGGGAGGUCUCGAUUGAGCUUGAGAGGAUCCGUUCAUCACCUGAAGAUUUAGAGGUACAUGUCGAAGAGGAAGAAGACGAAGAAGAAAAUCAAUGGGAAUCAACAUAG